GUAGACGUUAUUUCCGCUGAACGCGUGAAGAGGAAAUGACGCGCGACACAGCUGUUGUCCACGUGUACAGCGAAACAAUAUGGCGCCACGCAGGGAAAGUAGGGUUAAUGUCAACUCGGCAAAGUUCUCGAAGAAAGAUUGCAAAAGUUGGGUAAGAAGUCACUUAGAAUGGCGAUAUUUCGUCUCCCUGCUGACCGAGCCGAGGAGGCUGCCGUCGACGGCGAUAACGUUCAUCAUCCUGGAGGUGCUGUUGAACGUGCUGGUUAUCAAAAAUGUGCCGUACACCGAGAUCGACUGGAAGGCGUACAUGCAGGAGGUCGAGGGCUUCCUCAACGGCACUCUCGAUUACACGAAAUUGAGAGGUGACACCGGCCCGUUGGUCUAUCCCGCCGGAUUCGUCUACAUCUUCGUUGGUUUGUACUACACGACCUCACGCGGUACGGAGAUCAGAGCGGCGCAAUACUUCUUCGCGGCGCUGUACGUGAUCACGCUGACGCUGGUUUUCCGAAUUUACGCGAGGACGAGAAAAGUGCCGCCCUACGUACUGAUCCUGAUGUGUUGCACCUCCUAUCGGAUACACUCGAUAUUCAUUCUGAGGUUGUUCAACGACCCGGUGGCGAUGGUGCUCCUAUUCGCGAGCAUCAACGCGUUUUUGGACGAUCGCUGGUACCUGGGUAGCGCGCUGUACAGCCUCGCCGUGUCAGUCAAGAUGAAUAUAUUGUUGUUCGCCCCGGCGCUCCUCACCGCUUACCUGUGCAUAUUGGGGAUGUUCAAAACGUUGAUACACUUAUCUCUCUGUGCAUUCAUACAGCUGGUCCUGGGCCUUCCGUUUCUACUGGCAAAUCCAGUCGCAUACGUGAAAGGUUCCUUCGAUUUGGGUAGAAUUUUUGAAUUUAAAUGGACCGUGAACUGGAGAUUCUUACCGGAAGAUGUAUUUGUUCAUCCGUACUUUCACCUUUCCCUGUUACUCCUGCAUAUCUUAACGUUGCUUUACUGCGCGCCCAAUUGGAUCACUUAUAUGAAGUCGUACGCGACAUUGAAGCUAGUCGAGAAAGAUUUGAAACCUCAGCUUCGCGGUAAAGAGAGAGUGGACACGUCCAUGAUGAGUCAGUUGUUUGUCUACCCUCUUUUCGUCGCAAAUUUCAUCGGCGUUGUGUUCAGCAGAUCGUUGCAUUAUCAAUUUUAUAUCUGGUAUUAUCAUACGUUACCGUAUAUCGCCUGGUGCACCCAUUAUAAGACUGUCUUUAAACUGACUGUUUUAGGCCUGAUAGAAUUGUGUUGGAACACAUAUCCGAGUACAGUUUUCAGUAGCGCGGCUUUACACCUGUGCCACGUUAUUCUGCUGUACGGAAUUCUGAAAGAUAGGUCGGCCAAUACGAAAAAAGAAUGAGAAACGGUGCCGUCUAUUUUCUUCCUGUGCAACAAUAAUAUAUAUAUAUAUAUAUAUAUAAUGAGUGAGAGAAAGAGAAAGUGUGAGAGUGAGAAAAAGCGUGUAUCUUAUUUACAAUCAAUCAUUUUCACACUAUAUUCGUGUUUUGAAAUGUACAAAACGCUAUUAGUUCAUUCUGUAACUUUUACAGGGUUGUUGCAACACUCGUACACCUAUAUGAAUAUGUAAAAUAUGUAUCUUUUGUACAUAGAAAUGAAAUAAAUUAAGAACAACAGUGUUUCCAUCCGUGCACGUUUCUUUCACAAAUGAAAUCGCUUUGUCGCUACUUUUAUUAUCCGAUUGACUUAGUUUCACGUUUCAUUAAGUAGAUUCGGCGAUAUGCGAUAUCCAGGUGAUCGAGU